CAUCCUUCCUCAACCCCAAGAAGGACAACCCAGACCAUCUGGCAUAAAGCGCCCUCUCCUUCUCCCUCCUCUUUCUUCUCCAUCUCACCGUCCUCGCCGAUCAAACACAGACCGAAACAUGGUCUCCGAGAGCAGCCCCGCCGCCGCCGCCGCUGCUCAGGCAUGCCCCAUCAAGACGGUGGUCGUUCUGGUCCAGGAGAACCGCUCCUUCGACCACAUGCUCGGCUGGAUGAAGUCCGUCAACCCCGACAUCGACGGCGUCGACGGCACGCAGUCCAACCCUUUGUCCGUCGCCGACUCCAACUCGCUCCGCGUCGGCUACGGCGACUCGGCUGUCUACGUCGACCCCGACCCGGACCACUCCUUCCAGGCCAUCUACGAGCAGGUCUUCGGCGAGCCGUGGGACGACGACGCCUCGCCGUCCAAGAACCUGCUCCCGACCAUGGAGGGCUUCGUGCAGAACGCGGAGCGGAAGCAGGAGGGACUGUCCGAGUUCGUCAUGAACGGGUUCAAGCCCGAGGCCGUGCCGGUCUACAAGGAGCUGGUCUCGGAGUUCGCGGUGUGCGACCGGUGGUUCGCGUCGAUCCCGACGUCGACGCAGCCCAACCGGCUAUACGUGCACUCGGCGACGUCGUGCGGCGCGAUCGGGAACGACACGCAGAAGCUGGUCGAAGGGUACCCGCAGAGGACCAUCUUCGAGUCCAUGCACGAGGCGGGCCACAGCUUCGGGAUCUACUACGCGUACCCUCCAUCAACCCUCUUCUACAGGAACCUCAGAAAACCGAAGUACUUGAAACAUUUCCAUCAGUUCGACCUGCAUUUCAAGAGACAUGCGAAGGAGGGGAAGUUGCCGAACUACACGGUGAUUGAGCAAAGGUACUUCGAGCUGUCGCAUCUGCCCGGCAACGACGAUCACCCGUCCCAUGACAUUGCCGAGGGGCAGAAGUUCGUGAAAGAGGUGUAUGAAGCGCUGAGAUCGAGCCCACAGUGGGACGAAAUCCUGUUCGUGAUUGUUUACGACGAGCACGGCGGCUUCUACGAUCAUGUCCCAACACCAGUGGAGGGCGUCCCGAGCCCAGAUGGCAUCAUUGGGCCUGCGCCUUACAACUUCAAUUUCCAUCGUCUCGGUGUCCGAGUGCCGGCGAUAUUGGUUUCUCCUUGGAUUGAGCCUGGAACAGUGUUGCACGAGCCUUCAGGGCCAUAUCCCACAUCCCAGUUCGAGCAUUCCUCAAUCCCAGCAACAGUUAAAAAGAUUUUCAAUCUACCGAAUUUCCUAACAAAGCGCGAUGAGUGGGCGGGCACCUUUGAUGCUGUCCUGAACCUGAACAGAAGCGGUCCGAGAACAGAUUGCCCAGUGACUUUAGCUGAUCCGGUGAAGCUGAGGGAAUCAGGGACAAAGGAGGCAGCACAGCUCAAUGACUUCCAAGAACAGCUGGUUCAAUUGGCAGCGACCAUGAAUGGGGACCAUAAGAAGGACAUCUAUCCACACAAGCUGGUGGAGAACAUGACGGUGCUCGAGGCCGUGAAGUAUGUCGAGGCCGCGUUCAAAGUAUUCUGCAGCGAGCGCGAGGGAACCCCCGAAAAUGGCUUGAACGAUGCCGACGGUGUCAAUCAAGCCGAUGAAUCGGCUCGGACGGCACCCAGGAGUUUUUUUCAGAGGUUGUUUUCUUGUGUGAUUUGUGAUCAUUGACACUCAGUCGAUCUAUGUUCUUCCGAGUGCUGCGUGCAACCUCUUUAUUGCGGUUGAAUUCGAUGUUUUGUCUCAUCAUCGAUCAUCGUAUGAAUUCCUUUUCGUUCA